CCAAACUACCUGUGAAAUAAUGGACCUCGAGUUAAUGCUUGAAUCGGUCCGAAUUUUCCUUUUGUCAAAAUACUUAGCAAGCUUCACUUUUCAUGAGCUGGCCCUUAAGUUUUUGAUUCUAAGCGAAGUAAAAGGGAAUGCCAAGUCGAAAUAACAUGGUGACGAAAAUUUUCAGAAAUUAUGAACGUGGGUUGGAAAUGUGUCCAUAUGGCUUAUUUGCAUUUAACGCCCCGUAUUAGGUAAAUUUGUAGGUUGGAUUUUGCCUUAUCAAGAAGAUUCGAGAUUGUCGAAUAUCACGUCCAUUUCAGUGACCAAGGCUUGGCUCAUAUUUGCUUUGUUAUGUACUUUCAACCGCUGCAUCGAAUUGAGAAACCUCGUUACUUAGCUAUUGUUCUCAAUCCCCGUACCACCGGAGACUACGAAGCCACGAAAUCUUUAAAAUUAUAUAUUAAACAUGAUUUAUGAGAGAAAAAUAAAUGCAUGAAUAAAUGAAUAGGAAAAACGUUCAUUAACAGUGUUGCCAACACCAAAGAAUAAACCGCACUCGACUGACAACACGCAUAUAAUUAGUGCAACAAAGGUGGCGAGCCGUUGAGCGCGUUUUUCGGCCUGACAUGCAAACCAAACUGGUGUGACGUGAAAGCGAGGCUCAAUCAAUAACCAUCAUCGACCAACAUGGCGUCAACUUGUUGUUGUUGUGUUUUGCAUUGUCCUUACCAAAGGAAAGUACAUUGUACACAAGUUGAUGUGCUCUAGGGUCGCGUCUCGAUUAUGGCCGACGAAGAUGAACCGAAAAAGGGACAAAAUUUGGAAAUGAUAGUGUCCAAGUUGGCGAAAGAAAAGCCGACAAAUGGUAACAUAAUAUUGAUAUCUGGCGUGAACAUAGAGAAUUUGUCAUUUCCCGGCGAUCCAGAAGGUGAAAGCGAUGAUUGUGAACCCGAUCUUCAUCAAUGUGGUAAAUGUAAACGGAUGUUUAGUAUGCUGGAGAAGUACUUACAACAUCGUGCCAAUAAGUCGUGUCGAAAGAGACAUGCAGACUCCAUUGAUAUUAUGAGUGACGAGGUGGAAGCCCUCGACAGGCACCCGAGAUUGUGCAUGGAGGCAACAGGCAGUAGUGGCUCUAUGGCUGACAAUGACAACACAGAGAUGAUGGAAUUGGCUAGCAGAAGGAAACACGAUAGGAAAGGUGUGGCGCGAAAAAGGACAAGUUUUUCACGUCGAGAAGCAGUACCAAACGGUGUGAACAACACGGAGCCAUCCCGCGUCAAUAUGAACGGCGUUUCUGAAAUGAUUACACCAAACUACAACAAUAGUCCGACACUCGCUUCCAUUAGUAAUUACAGGACCGUAUAUCAACAUCCCACAAUGCCUAACAAUGACAUAUAUUCUCUUAUGGAGCACACUAAAAACUCCAGCAUAAAAGAAGUCCACAUUGACGAGAAUGGCGUGGCGACAAGUCGUCCUCGUGAAAUGUUAAAUGGUCACGUUCUUCCUAUCUUUCAUCAUUCAUCCCUUAACUCCCCUCCUAAUCCUCGCUAUCCCGCGCCUUUUGCUGUACAUAAUCACCUGCCCAGUUUGCCACCCAGUCAAGAAGCAGUUCAUUUCACGGAAAAGGUCUUACACCCGGAGCCUAUUCUUGUUUCAUAUCCUGCAAUCGAGAAUCCGGAAGUAAGCCAGAAAACUGGGGAAAAACGUCGCUUCAAAUGUGACAAAUGCGACCGCGAUUUCAAUCAGCGGGCCAAUCUGCGCCGGCAUCAAUUAGUGCACAGCGGCGAGAAGCCAUUCGAGUGUGAUCAAUGUCACCGGCGCUUUCAGCAACAGGGUGACCUAAAACGUCACAUGUUGCGUCACGCAGAGGUCACGUGGUAUCAUUGUCGACCAUGUGACAAACGUUUCAUGCGCAUUGAUCGCUAUAAGGCACAUAUGAGAGGCCAUGUAGAAAAUGGCAGACUACCCACGGGCGAUGGUACUUCAAUGGUUUCUAUGAAUAACGGUGCCGUCGUAUCCACUGAGGAGGGGGAUACCGCUGAGAAACCUGUGGGCUCACACCACAUUUGCUCGAAGUGCAAUCAAACGUUUACUGAGCCGGACGAACUGCUGGCUCACUUAUGUUCAGACAGUAUCACCGCUGUUUCCUCGGCUCCCAUGGAAACCACGAAAAGUGGCGGUGCUGAAUUGGAGCCCGAAGCUGCUGUUAAAAUGGCUGAACAAUACGUGAAGACACAAGCAGCUGAUGCAGAUCACUCGAGGGCCUACAGUUCUUCGCGUUCUUCGCGUGGAAAGCUCACGAACCCACACAAAUGUCCGAUGUGUAAUGCUCAUUAUAAGAACGAAGACUCGUUACAGGCUCAUAUUUUAAAACAUUCGGGCGAGAAGAAGUACAAAUGCGACCAAUGCCCUAAAGCUUUCUUUACAUCAAGUAAUUUGAAGAUACACCGUCGAAUACACUCCGGUGACAAACCCUUAAAAUGUAAAGUUUGCUUUAAAGCGUUCAGCGAUCCUUCCAACUUCAACAAGCACAAGAAAUCUCACAUGAAAGGAAAACUCGAUCACAAAGGCACACCGAAGAAAGGACGAAAACGAGACGUAAAGCCGGAUCACGGGGGAUUUAAUGAGACUAUGGUCGAAGCUAUAGGAAAAGAUGGGGACACGUAUGAAUCCCCGACGAGAGAAUUCCUCCAAAAUCAGUACGAGGCUUUGCUACCUGCUUUAGAAGAUGAUCGUGUAGAGGGCGCGAAAACUGGCUCUACCAUUGCUGAAGUAUUAAAUCCCGAUGCUAUGGAAAAUACGUUUAGUGAUGAACACAUAAAGUAUUCCGUAUCUUUUGUGGAGUCUCCUUCUUACUGAGGGCUCAGAGAAUAAUUACUGAUACCGUACCACAAUCAUUGCAUACGAGUCGUAGCGAUGGUCCAAGAUGCAUUGCGCGCACGGUAAUUGUCAAGAACUUGAAAGAAACAAAACUUGGUCUCAAAAACCCUUUAUCUAAAUGUGUGUCGUUAAGAUUAGUAUUCUUAUACCUUGGCAUUUUUCAAUUUUUCAAAAUGCCACGUCGUUUGAUAAUUCGCGACCAAACGACGAAAAACCAGAAGGAAUCUUACCGAUCACUUAAAUGAAAUUGUUGGUUUUAAUGGUUUAAGGCCCCCACUGUCCGAUCGAAGGGCUAUAAAUUCGAAAAUGAUUUACGCGAGGAAGAUGUAAAAAUAUAGUUAGGGCGAAAACUUUUGUCGUUAAAAAAGAACUCGUUUUCAUGUCGUGAACGUUAUUUGAAGUUCUGAUCAUUUGAUAUUUAUGACGGAAAGUAUUUAGCGGUUAACUUAUUCAUAUUAGAGCACAUAAUAUUGUAAAUAGAUGUGCGGUAAUGGUUUUAAAAACAUUUUAGUCGCUGACCUAUGAAAGGGCUCAGACUGACACAUAGCUUCGUGUUAUUAGGUUAAGCAUCCUACCUUGAUUUGAUAAUAACGCGCAUAUACAGCGGUGUAUAGUCAUUGGUAGACGCAUUUGGUAAACUUUUAAUUCUAUAUAGAGAGGGUAAAUCAUCUUUAGAAGAGCUGACCAUUCUGCGUUAACCUAUGGCUUGUAUUCUUAUCGAGAGUUUCUGUUCUGAUUUUAACUUAUUAAGUUUGCUUAUCGUGGUAAAAUUUUAACAUCUUUAGGUUUGAUCUUGUUAUACACGAUAACAGCCUAAAACGACAGCGCAUUUUACUUCAGUAACGUAGAAUAUAUUAUAUGAUAAAUAUUUAGAUGUAUUAAGUAAAUAUGGUAUUAAUAUUAUGAGUGCGAAACGCCAACUUUUAUUUAUUAAGAUAUUAAAGUAUUAUUCGUGAUUUCAUGGGUAGCUAUCACAUUAUAUGUAUAUAUUUGGAAAAUGGAUUAAAGUUUAAAGCUUGCCUUA